CCAAAAUCCAACCUCAUCCGAAUCUCACCUUCUCUCCCACCAGCCACCACUCUCCCCUAUAUAACGAACCUUCCUCCUUCAUGCAUUUCUCACCAUCUCUCUCUUCUUUCACGUCUCUCUUCCCUGAAACUUUCCCGAGAAAAUUCUCAAUCCUCUAUUUUCUCGAGAAAAUUCUCAUUCUCAUUUUCUUUCAGGGAAAAGUUUUGUUGUUGAAUACAGAUUUGGAAACUUCAUUUGUUUUUUUCCGUUUUUAACCAAAAUUUUUAAAAAAGCUUUCUUCUGAACGUUAAUCGUGGAGAGUUUCGGGUCGGGUCGGGUCGUAAAAGGCGGGUUUCACGGUGGUGAUAGAUUCACCUCCUGCUUCCUUCUGAGGGGGUUAGCCCCGAGGCUCUUCGCCUCGGCGGGUUUCAAAUUCCCCCAAAUCUAACAAACUCACAGAUUCAUUUUCUCCAUUUUUUUUGUUUGUUGAAAAUUUGAAUCCACAAAUUUUGAAUUCAUUUGUAACCGUUCGUUGAAGAAGAAGAAGAUGCCUGCUCUAGCUUUUGUUGAUACUCCCAUCGAUACCUUUUCCAGUAUCUUUACACCGUCGUCUGUUUCCACCGCCGUUGUUGACGGUUCCUGCCAUUGGUCUCCGUCCCUCUCCUCCUCUCUUUACCGUAUCGACGGAUGGGGAGCUCCGUAUUUCGCAGCGAAUUCCUCCGGGAACAUCUCUGUUCGUCCUCAUGGCUCAAACACUUUACCUCACCAAGACAUCGAUCUGAUGAAAGUUGUGAAGAAAGUUACAGAUCCGAGUGGUUUAGGAUUACAGCUUCCGCUUAUUGUUCGUUUCCCUGAUGUUCUGAAGAAUCGUCUUGAGUGUCUUCAAUCCGCGUUUGAUUACGCGAUUCAGAGUCAAGGAUAUGAUUCUCAUUACCAAGGUGUGUAUCCUGUGAAAUGUAAUCAAGAUCGGUUUAUCAUCGAAGAUAUUGUCGAAUUCGGAUCCGGUUUUCGAUUCGGUUUAGAAGCUGGUUCCAAGCCUGAGAUUCUUCUUGCUAUGAGUUGUUUGUGUAAAGGUAAUCCUGAAGCUUUUCUUGUGUGUAAUGGUUUUAAAGACUCUGAGUAUAUCUCAUUGGCUUUGUUUGGGAGGAAACUUGAAUUGAAUACUGUUAUUGUUCUUGAGCAAGAAGAAGAGCUUGAUUUGGUUAUUGAUUUGAGCCAGAAGAUGAAUGUUAGGCCUGUUAUUGGGUUAAGAGCUAAGCUUAGAACUAAACAUUCUGGUCAUUUUGGUUCUACUUCUGGUGAGAAGGGGAAGUUUGGUUUGACUACGGUUCAGAUUCUUCGUGUGGUGAGGAAGCUGAGUCAAGUUGGUAUGCUUGAUUGUCUCCAGCUUCUGCAUUUUCACAUUGGUUCACAGAUUCCGUCCACGGCUUUGCUUUCCGACGGUGUGGCUGAGGCUGCGCAGCUUUACUGUGAGCUUGUCCGUCUUGGUGCUCAUAUGAAGGUGAUUGAUAUUGGUGGUGGGUUGGGGAUUGAUUACGACGGGUCUAAAUCGGGGGAGUCGGAUCUCUCUGUUGCUUAUAGUCUCGAGGAGUAUGCUGCAGCUGUUGUGGCUUCGGUUAGGUUUGUUUGUGAUCAGAAGUCUGUGAAGCAUCCGGUGAUUUGCAGCGAGAGCGGUCGAGCCAUUGUGUCUCAUCACUCGGUGUUGAUCUUUGAAGCUGUCUCAGCUGGUCAACAACAUGAGACCCCUACUGAUCAUCAGUUUAUGCUUGAAGGGUACUCUGAGGAAGUUCGAGGUGAUUACGAGAAUCUUUAUGGUGCUGCUAUGCGUGGUGAUCGUGAAAGCUGCUUGCUUUAUGUUGAUCAGCUGAAGCAGAGAUGUGUUGAAGGGUUCAAAGAAGGUUCCUUGGGCAUUGAACAGUUAGCUGGUGUUGAUGGAUUAUGCGAGUGGGUGAUUAAGGCGAUUGGUGCAUCGGAUCCGGUUCUUACUUACCAUGUCAAUCUAUCGGUUUUCACUUCGAUUCCUGAUUUCUGGGGGAUUGAUCAGCUGUUUCCUAUUGUUCCAAUCCAUAAACUUGACCAAAGGCCUGCCGCGAGAGGGAUCUUAUCGGAUUUGACGUGUGACAGCGACGGAAAGAUCAACAAGUUCAUAGGCGGAGAAUCGAGCUUGCCAUUGCACGAGAUGGACAACAAUGGCUGCAGCGGUGGGCGGUACUAUUUGGGAAUGUUCCUAGGUGGAGCUUAUGAGGAAGCUCUCGGUGGAGUCCACAAUCUGUUCGGUGGACCAAGCGUGGUUCGCGUAUUGCAGAGCGAUGGACCUCACGGAUUCGCAGUGACCCGUGCUGUGAUGGGCCAAUCCUCUGCAGAUGUCCUCAGAGCAAUGCAGCAUGAGCCUGAGCUCAUGUUUCAGACUCUUAAACACCGAGCCGAGGAGCCGAGGAACAACAACAACAAAGCUUGUGGUGAUAAGGGGAACGACAAACUAGUAGUCGCAUCGUGUCUUGCUAAGUCAUUCAACAACAUGCCUUAUCUUUCCAUGGAAACGUCAACAAACGCUCUCACCGCAGCGGUCAAUAACCUUGGCGUUUACUACUGCGAUGAAGCUGCAGCUGGUGGCGGCGGCAAGGGCAAAGAUGAGAAUUGGUCUUAUUUCGGUUGAUUGAGAGAGACUUGACAACAUCCUCUGUCUUUGAUCUUCACCGUACGAUUGAUUACGAUCCUAGUUCUUAUUUGUCUUUAAGUUCAGUUUUAAAGUUUUAAGUUAUUUUCUUGUAAUAAGACAAACUCUUAGCAAAAUUUAAUAAUAUUAUCAUUUAUCAUCAUUCACUAAAUUAACAAUGAGCAAUCUGUUAAACCAUGUCAAUGAGCUGUUAUAAGUCUUUUUCCGAAUAUAGGCUAAAUGCAUUUGUAAAUCCCUUUGGACUAUUGAAGAGCUUCUGGA